AAGUCAAUCGGCUGCAGUAAUCCCGCCCUCUGCCGCUUGCCAGCCAAUCCCCCAUUAGUGUGUUCAGACACUAGAGGCUCAGCUGUUCCUCUCUCGGGAACGGAGUACAGUUCUCUAGAGGAGGAGGGGCUCCGGGAAAAUGGCCGCUGUGCUCCUCUAGUGAUCGCAUUUCCCGAAUUCCAGAAUUAGGCGCCGAGAUUCAACUGAGGAGAGGAAACCAGCGUCUGUGACAGGACAGAACCGAUCCGAAGAUGGAGAGCCGACGUCAGCCACUCAAACGACUCUGCUCAGAUUCGGAGAAUGAUUUGCCCAGGAAGAAACGAUUUAAUGCCUCAGAAGAGGAGAUGGAGAACAGAGAUCCUGGGGAGCUGGAGGGCAAGUGCAGAGAUAGCUGGUCUUCUCUACUACGGAUAACUGAACAGGAAAUCAAGCCAGACACCCCAGCCAUUCCAUCCAUCAUAUCACGCAUCCAGAUGUUAAAGGACAGCCACGAGAGAGAUCUAUCUCUGGAUUUUGUAGAGGAGGGUCAAUCUGAGGCUGAUGACAGGAAGGACGACUCGGGACAGCUGCAGCCAGAUCUGGACCAAGAAGGGGAAAUACAGGCGGAAUGCAGCACUGAGGGUUUGAACAAAAAACAACUUGCAGAAGGACUCGUCCCGUUGGCUCAGAGCACUUUAGCUACUCGGCAUCCUCUGCCUUCAUUAGAAGAUGACCCGCCCAGUGUGGAGACAGCUAGCCGCCUCCGGAAGGAACGUCAGGAGGAGGUGGACAUGGUGUGUGCAGUUGUGGAUCGCAGUAAUCCCUGGAGAGCUGUGUCUAUGAGACAGAGAAAGAGACCACUUGAACAAGUCGGCAAGAGUGCCAGUAGAAAGAAAAGGCGGCGACGGGUGAAAACAGGACGAGGGCGAGUGAAAAUGGGACCCAUGACGGAUGACUCCAGCGGCUCAGAGUCUACAGAACUGUCUCUGGAAAGCAACGAAGGGUCUCUUGAUGUCUCUACAGAGCGAUGUGUCUCUUCCCUGGAGAUUCGGCUUCAAAGAACUUGCAGCAACGACUCCCUGCCCCCAGAGGAGCUUCCAUCCUCAUUUGAUGUUGCGGAUGAAGAUGGGUCCAGGGAAGCUGUAGACAAUGGGGACCAGAGGCGGGUGACUAUGAAUAGUUCUGAGCUGAUUGACCGCAUAUUUGAAGGCGUUUUAGAUGUUAGUGAACUGUCAGAAGAACAUUUUUCGGAUGAAGUGGAUCUUCCUCCUGUAUCUAUUCUAUCUCCUCUCACUAAGUCUGCGGAUCUUCAGGCAGCAAUCAGCCCUCUAGGCUCAGUGGUGUCCAGUUUACCUGAAUUGCUGGAGGAGGAGCCCACAGUGAAAAGGGUCACGUCAGCUGAAGAGGAGGUCCAUUUGCCCUACAGUAUUGAUGCUUAUCGAACAUUGCGGAGAAAUGUACAGCUAGAGUCAAUUAGCCAACUAUGUACACCAACUACCAGCCGUCAUCCUGAAAGAAGGCUACUGGUGAAGGGAGACGCAAAGGAAAGGAUCAAGUUUCUCAGUAAGGAGGUCUCAUCUCUGCAGCGUAUUAUUGAGCAGUCGUGUUGUGCCUUGAGCUAUUGUGUGGACGUUGACCAUGGCAAGGGCACUCGGCAGGAGGCUGAGGCGGAGAGGCUGCUCUUGGUGUCCACUGAGAAGAAGGUGGCCUUAUUAAAGGAGCUGGACAGACUCCGAGGAGAACGAUCAGAGGAGCUAGAAUCUUGUCCUUCAGAAGAGUUAAGGCCUUGCCAUGGUUCUGUCACCAUCUCUGACAUUCAACUGCCUCUCAAGGUGGACUAUGUGUGCAAGGCAAUCCGUGAUUCAGGAUCUCUGGGUCACUAUUUCCUCAUACUCAUCCGCUAUGGAAGCUAUGAUGUUGUAGCUACACCUCUGGCCAGUGCUGCAGAUGCACAGACCGGUGACACCAUUAUAUUUCCUACAUCCGUGACCCUGAAUAAGGCCAGCGCAGACUUCAGAAUAGAAAUUGAGGUUUACAGUCUGGCACAAAGUGGACCGAUUACCACUGUGGACAAAAGGAAGUCCCUCAAGCCUAAGAUUACACCAAAAAAGCUCCUAGGUUCCCGGAAAACCUCCCUGAACUCUCCAGCUUUUAGUCCAGCAGUGAACUGCCCUCUCAGAUCCAGUAGCUUUCUGCUGGUUGGGUCCUUGACGUUGUCUCUAGAAUCUCUGGGCAAGUUCAAGUUUCCACUGGACAAGAUGAAAUUGGAAGGGAAGGUCGGUCGUCUCAUUGGAAAUCAUUUUCAGGAUAAGGUCCCUUUCCUGUCCCCCCUGGAGGGUAACUUGUACCUGAAGAUGCAGUGCCAGAGUCAUUCUGCUGUACAGCGUACAGGUUUUCUGACCAUAUUUGAUGAUGUCAGUGGUCUGGGGGCAUGGCACAGGCGUUGGUGUGUCCUUUCUGGUAGCAUUCUGUCCUUCUGGGCAUAUCCUGACCAGGAGGCCUCUAAGGAACCUCUCGGACGGACAAACCUGGUAAACUGUACGAGUGCCAAGAUUGAGGCUGCCAAAAGAGAUGCGUGUGCCCGUCCUCACACCUUGGAACUGAUCACCAUGAGGCCUCAACAAGAAGAUGACCGGGACACACUGGUGACCCAGUGCCGCAACACCUUGUGUUUUACUAAGAACUGGCUGUCUGCAGAUACCAAGGAGGAAAGGGACCUCUGGAUGGACUGUCUGAACCAGGUUCUGUUAGACCUGCGAACAUGGGGAGCCAGCUUAGCAAAACUAACACCAAGCUGAGGCCACUGUCCAAGCAGCCGUUCGGAUCAUUCUGCACACAGGAGUUUUCUGCUUUUUGUUAUAAAAAUGUUUUUACCUGAUCUGAAGUCCUGUUCUAGCCCAAUCAAUAUAUAAAGCUACCAAUCGGCAAUGUAUUCUCUACUUGAUCGUCCUGGCACUAGAUGACCAGGUCACUCUUUGGAAACAUUGAGGGUUAUUUAUGAAAGGCAAAUCCACUUUGCACUA